AUGGUGGACCAUGCCAGCACAAAGGAUCAGCUUCCAACAGAAAAAAACACGAGACAAGAGAAAAAUUUUGUUCAGAUUGCUCAAAAAUUAGAGGCUGAGUCUAAUCAAGGCCAAAGGAACGACUUGUUUACCACCAGUAAUGACAACAGUGAAGACGAUCAAGUUGCGUGUGCAGCUACAAAUACAUUUAUGCGUCAUUUAUGGUACAUGAAUGAAAGUAAAGUUGGGCUAGCAUUUUUUGACAAAGAAAUUAAAGCAGAUGAAAAGGUACAGAUGAUAGCAGCUUUGGGGAAUCCUGCAUCUGAAGACAAAUCAAUAGAUAAAAGUAUUGUGACACAGUUGCAGUCAGCUGAAAAGGUACAGAUGAUAGCAGCUUUGGAGAAUCCUGCACCUGAAAACAACUCAAUAGAUAAAAGCCAUGGAGAUAGAUCGUUUCUCCUGCAGGUUGUUGAGCAUCAUCGCCAUCAGUUUCCCGUGUCAAAGAAGCCUGUCAUUGUCAAAGAACUCUGUAAGAACUAA